UCAAAAACAAGAAAGGGUUGAAAAAAAUCAACCGUUAAAAAGAGGCUUUCUUCCUCAGUUGUUCUCUCUCUCCGAAUGAAGGCCUCUGUACCUCUGCCUCUUUUCCUUAGUACUUUGCCACUGUUUCCCCCCAAAACAGCUAAAGAUCUAUCUCUCUCUCUCUCUAGAUUUCUCUCUGUUUCUUUGUAGAACUUCUACGGAAUCUCCAGAGCUUCUUUUACCUUUCUGCUCCCCCCAUACCCCUUUUUAACUCCCAUACCAUUGCCAUAGCCUUCCACCCCAUCCCUUUUUACCUUCCUUGUACCUUUUUCCCCCCUCUCCCUUUCUUAUCUGUUCUUCUCCCACAACAAACAACAAAUGGAUGAGUACUGCAAGAGAAGCGGACAAAUUCCGGCGUUUGGGGACUGGGAUUACGCAAACGAGCUGCCAAUCACUCAGUAUUUCGAGUGCGCGAGGCAGGCCGGCCUGAUUCGAUACAGUUCUUCCUCCGGAGACAGCGGUGAUCCCUACGUGCGUGGCGACUUGUACGCCGUUGAUCUCAAGAAACCUCCUCGUACUGUUCCUCCUCCCCGCAAGACAAGGGGAAGAGAAAAGCGAGGAGGAGGAGGCCCGCACGUUAAGGAGCAGAAAAGGCGAGGGAAGGUGUGUGACGUGACGGAACCGCCAAGGAAACCGAGUCGGCAACACUACGACGCCGUUCCACCUCCAAUGCCUGCUAUGCCUCCUAGGCCUCCCAAACCUGUUGAUGAAGAUCUCUACAAAAUCCCUCCCGACCUCCUCUACACUUCCAAGCGGAAAAAAAUGCUGGGGUUCUUUUCAAGAUGCCUGGUGCCGGCUUGCGCUGCAUGAAUUUGGUUUUUUGCUUUUAUGUAGAACUUGUGAAGUGGAAAAAAUGUAGUUGGUGCUCUCUUUGCACUCUUUUCUUCCACCAAAAAUGUUUCAAAUCAAAUCAGGACGCUACUAGUUACAUUCGA